AAAACAAAUCAAUUUGUAAGUGAUUUUGUAUGAAACAAGUGAUAUUCACAUACAAGCGCUACAGUGUAAACCACAGGUGUAAACGUUCUAAAACAUUCAUACGUUAAUUGGAACACAUCUGACGGGAAAUCAGAUUAGUUAAAGUCAAGCCAUGCCAGAAUCAUACGAUACGAUUGUCGUCGGUCUCGGCGCUGCCGGGGUGACGGCUGCGUCUACACUUGCGCGGGCCGGCAAGAGAGUGCUGGGCCUCGAGGCUAUGGACAGAAUAGGGGGUAGAGUGAAGACUGUGCCGUUUGGCGAUGGGUUUAUAGAGGAGGGGGCUGAAUGGAUACACGGCACAGAGAACAGCAGAGUAUACCAAAUGGCCAUAGACAACAACAUACCAUUACUAGACCAAGAUUUGGAAUUCGAAGUGUACAGGUCAGAUGGAAGCCAAGGCAAUAAUACGUUGAUUUCCGAACUAGUCGCAUUCUGUCAUGAUCAAGCUGUCACUUCGACGGAUAAGCCGUUGUCUUUGGGCGAAUUUAUUACUGGCAAAUUCAUGGAACACAUUAAAAUCAAAUAUCCCGAAUUGGAAAACAAUCAGACGUUUAUAAAGGAGUUUUUAAACUUUAUGAACCUGAUCGUUAAUAAUUAUGAAGGGUCAAACGACUGGACCGAUGUUAGUGCAAAGUCGGCUUUCAAAGAGUUAGGUGGACAUCAGCAUAUGAGCUGGCAUAGAUAUGGCUAUAAGACCUUUUUUGAGCUGCUUUUGAACACAUACAACAACGGGCCAGGGUUACCAAACCUAGAUAUUAAGCUAAAUUCGCCCGUAUCAAGAAUUAUAUGGCCACGUAAUAGUACAGGCAAUGUUAUAGUAGAGUGUGAAGGAGGACAGACUUACACCGCACGACAUGUUAUCGUCACCGUGUCGUUGGGUGUCUUAAAGGAACGACAUGAAAAAUUAUUCGAACCCGCGUUGCCAAUAGAGAAAAGAACAGUCAUAGACAAAAUGUCUAUGGGCGUCAUGGAUAAAGUCGUUUUGACAUUCGAAAAACCAUGGUGGGACAGGAAAUUAUUGUUCUUCAGCUUCCUAUGGAGGUUGGAAGAUAUAGAAAAAGUGUCUAAGCAAGAUUAUUGGAUAACUAGAAUUCUUGGAGCUAGCAACCCUAUGGGUUCAGAUAAUACGUUAACUCUAUGGACGAGUGGUGAUGUGGGCAAAAUGGUAGAAACAUUACCAGAUGAGGUCGUGAUACGAAAAUGUAUGGAGUUACUCCGUAAAUUUAUGGGCAAGAAGUAUAGUAAUAUACCAGAACCAACGGGAAUGCUAAGGUCAAAAUGGUAUAGUAACCCGUACACACGGGGUAGUUACAGCUUCGAUAAUCUAAACACACCAAACUAUCCUCACGCAAGAGAGGCCCUAGGGGCCCCAUUGCUGGACUCAUCCGGAACACCAAGAGUUUUGUUCGCGGGAGAAGCGACAAACCCUACACACUUUUCUACGGUAGCUGGAGCAAGUGAUACUGGGUAUAGGGAAGCAAUGAGAUUAUUACCGAGUAGUAAAAUGUAAAUAAAUGUUUUGUAUGAA